AUGUCACGGGACUUGCUGCUUUGGCAACUCCACCAAUCCCCCAAAGAGAAAGCGGGAGUGCAGGACGCAAACCGCAAGUUCAUCUGUGGCAAAGAAAUGCUCUUGAACGCUGUCACAGCUGCCCGGAGAGGGGCGGGUUCGAGGGGAUGGGGUGGCCACGGCUCUUGCUGUCCCUCGCGCCGGAGGAGGCUCCAGAGCCGCCAGCGGCAGCAGCCUCCCUCUCUUCCUCCUCCUCGUGCCGGGGCUAGGGUGCCCUGUUUUGUGUUCCUGCCUUCUUCGCUCAGUCAGUCGGAAUGCUGCAAGCGGGCUUCUUGGAUUUCUGUCACCAUCAACAUUGUCCAGUUCAUCAUUAUAAUUGUUCUAGCAGUAUCAAUACGGAAACAAGACUUUCAGCAUGUUUACCCUGCACAGGAUGCUCGGCCGUGCAGAAAUGACUGGAUUGGAUAUCAGGGAAAGUGUUACUACUUUUCCAAGGAAGAAAAGAAUUGGAAAUCCAGUCAGGACUUUUGCUCUUCGUACAACGCUUCUCUGGUUAGAAUUGAAAAUGAAGAGAUGGAUUUUGUGAGUCUUUACAAAUGCAGAGAUAUCUACUGGAUUGACCUCAGGCGAGAGAAAACUGGCCAGCCUUGGAAAUGGUCAAAUGGAAAACAUUCAACAUUGAAGGUUCUUGGAGAUGGAGGAAACUGUGCAUAUUUGACCAAUGCUGCCGAAAUUGAAGCCAGCUCCUCAGGAUGUGACACAACAACACACCGUUGGAUCUGCAGCAAAUCUGAUGCACUUACAGUUCCAAAUGGAACAUGAAGGAAGAUGAUGCAUAGGCAUUGCUCUCAUGCUGUACUUUCUCGGCUUCUUUCUUUCUAAUGCCUUCUGCAAUGCAUCUCUCCUUAGAUUGCAUGUAGAAACUCACAGUUUAGAUUGUAAACCAGCACCACAUAAAUGUGCUAGUGCAGUGAUUUUGACAGGAAGGAAUCAUAAUGGUACUUGCUAUUGGUGUAACAUUUCCAGGAUAAAUCAGCAAGUAGGAUAUAAUGGGAAUCUUCCUUCAGCACAGGAGAUCUCAAGCAGGGCUGUCCUUAGAAAGCCCUGGUAGGGUGUGGGGCCCGGGGCAAAUCUGUUGGAGAUGAACUUCCAGUGCAUCGACCUUUUGCACCAACUGUCCUAAUGACCACUAGUGGCAUUGGGAGUAGAGACAGUGAGUCAAGGUCUCCCUAUCUGUCCCUACUCUAUGACCCCUGAACUGACUCUGCAGCACUUCCUGUGCUGAGUCACAAUCCUUCCUUUCCUCCUAGAGAGCAGAUGGAAACAUCUCUCUCUCUCUCUCCUUACCUAUCCACUAUGUAGUCCUUUAGAUUAGAGAUAGGUCUUUCCUAUCUAAGUGUAUUUAACCAAUAAAUGUUUAG